AUGGCAGCAACAAGAGCAGCUGAAGAUUCUGAAGACGCACGCACUCGACUUGAUGGUCAGCGUGCAAGACAAGCAGCUUCAAGAGCAGCUGAAUCUCCAGAACGGAGACAAAGUCGACGGGAAGAUGAUCGAGCCAGACAUGCAGCUUCACGAGCAGCUGAGAAUCCCAUACAGAGACGGACUCGAAGUGAAGAUCAGCGUAGACGACAAGCAGCCUCAAGGGCAGCGCAAUGGACAUUUAUGAAACGGGAAGCGUUUCGGUAUGAUCCAGCCAAUAACUAUGACAGCCAUCCUCAACUUAAUAUUGGACAAAUGAGCAAUGUUUGUCCAUACUGUAAUGCCCUCAAAUGGCAUGCAGAAACACGAGGUAUGUGCUGUUCUGGUGGUAAAAAUUAUGGUACGAAAUGGUGCUGUCAAUCAUAUCUUACAGUGCCGACAACUUUUCCAUCAGUAUGUGGUUGA